CCGACAUGAAUUAAAAACACCAGCUGUUAGAAAAAUAAAUCGGAAAAAAGCAGAGAGUAGAAAUAGCAAAGAAAUUGGAUUUGAUACUCCAUUGUCAACAGUGGCUAGAAAUGCUUCAGUUCAGGUUUUAUCUACUGGUGCCUAUGGAAUGGGACGAUCAGUUGUACUUAGAACAGGCAAUCAAAUGUAUCUGUUCAACUGCGGGGAAGGCACGCAAAAAAUAUUGACAGACAAUGGCAUAACUCUUUCACAAGUUGACGAUUUUUUUAUCACAUUCAAUUCUUGGGACAAUACUGGUGGCAUUUUUGCUUUUUUCAUUCAUUCUUCUAUGUCUACGAAUCCCUCUAAAGAAGUGCUUCGUUGUCAUGGACCAUCAUUUGUGGAAAAAGUCAAGGCUAUGCUGGUGAUUGCCUCAGAUAAGAAACGGAAUUUUUUUCCUACUUGUGAGCAGCGUGGUAUAAAAGAUUUAAAGUUUAAAGAUGAUCAAGUAACUGUUGAAUAUGUUGAACUCCUUCAUGCUGCAUCUGAUGGAAAGACACCACAGCUUUAUGAUAGUUGGGCAUUUAAGAAGAAAGUUUUUAAUGAAAUUGAAGGAUCAAAUGGGAUUUAUGAAACUGCAUUAAACGGGAAGAAAACGGUGAUGUGCUAUAUAAUAAAG